AUGAUAGUUUGUUAAGAGAACGAUAGAAAUAAAUUAGGCAAAUAUAGGAGCAGGCAAAGUAUUCAAGAUAGCAGUAACCAAUAUUCAGAUUAAGAUUCUUAUUCUUAGAAUUUGACUCACUGUGCAUAAAAUCAAGCAGCUCAUAACAAGAAUAAUAUUUUAGGUCACAAAAAUAUAAUGGGCAAGAAGAGGACAUACGCUGAUAUGAGUGCAUCCAUAGAUGAUAAUUAAAACUCAAGUUGUUAAAAAAAUAAUCCUAAUGAUGGAUCAUAGCAAUUGGUCCCUAAUCAGAAGACAAAAUCAAGAAAAUAAUCUCAGAGUCAAAAUUAGACUGCUUCAAAUGGUUAAUUAUAGCAGCAACAAUAAAUGGCUAUGAUGUAGCAGCUUUAGCAAUAGUCCUAGCAGAAUUUAAUCUCUUCACCAGCAGCUUAAUCAGAUGGAAAUUAAAAUUAGAAGAAUGCCAAAAGAAGAAAUAAGAAAAACAUACAAAGUGAGAGUGACCCUGACGGAUUUUCAGCUUUAAUAGAUAUACCUAACUCUGCCUCAAAUAUUCAUGAUGGGUAGUUGUCUAGUUAGUCCUUAAGUUAAACUCCUCAGAAGAAGAGGAGAGAGCGAAAGACAAAGAAAAGAACUCCUGGUGGUGAUGACGAUGACAUUAGUCAAGCUGAGUCUAUGUUCUUGCCUGGCUAGAAAUACCCAACUCCUGAAGAAGUAAUGAUCUUAAUAGUAUAAUAAUUUGUAGGGGGAUGCAGCUAGAGUUUUUUACGAGUCAUUGCUAGAGCAGAAGCCUUGGUCAUAAAUGGCUAAUAAGUAUUGUCUUGA